AUGUCGGUGAGAACCGGCAUAUUGCCCGGUUCCUCCUCAUUGGCUUCAACUAUAAUGGGAGGGGAGUUAGAGAAUCAUGUUAGAAUAUUACAAGAUUCAAAUCAGCGAGAUGACUUAAAGCUCAGAUCUCUUCAGGAAAUAUUGUCCGGGUUCGAGGUGUUAUAUCCCUCAGCAUCAUUUCCAGCGUUACUGGAAAGUCUUAUCAAAGUUUUCGUAAAGUUGUUAACAGAAACACAACCUCAGUUUAUUAGCGAAAAUAACACACAUCUUCUCAGAAAGCAAAUAUUAGAAAUUAUUCUGCGAUCCUCUACCCAUGAAGCUAUGAAACCUCACAUCAAAGACAUUACUAGAUGUUUGAUGAAGUUAAUAAUGGUCGACAACGAAGAAAAUGCUAUACUCGCUGUUAAAAUUGUCACUGAUAUCGGCAAAAAUCCCUCAUUCAAAAUGCAUUUCCAUCAAGAGCAAAUUCAAACUGUCACAGGAUUUUGUAAACAGUUGUUGAAAGAUAUGAAGACAUUCAUCUAUAAUGGAAUGUUCGAAACCCGUGAUUUAGGAUUAGGUAGACAAUCUUUGAGCCCAACAGAUGAAACGUUGAUAGAAAUGUGCUUGGUGAAAUGCUAUUUUGUACAACCUGUAACACUAACUGGUGCUUCGAACGGUAGACCCGGUCUGGACAAUAUCAAGUAUAACCUCAUACCAAGAGCCUCACAAUCAAUCAAAUUAAUCCAAGAACUUACAAUGCUAUUUGUUUUUUUCUACCAGCAUUACAAAUCUGCUGUUCUCACCGAAUGUCUUGAGUAUCUCCAAUUAGUUAUUCAAUUUGCGGGUCUACAGAUUCCUCAAGAACAGAAGGAAUCCUCCGCUUAUAAUAAGGGAAUCGCUGAUGAAUUCUGCACCUCCCAAGUUAGAGCUUUAUGCUAUGUUAAUAUUAUGGGAAAACUACCUCAAUUCAUGGAAAUUUUACAAACACACUCUGUUCAUUUGAUCACUGCAUUGUUUUGUCAUCUGGAAAAUUUACCCACCAAUCUCACAGUUAUCAGAAAAGAAGUUCUUAUGACUUUGAAGUUUCUUUUCGGAACAGAGUUACGACUUAAGUUUUUACCAUACCUGACUAGGUUGUUAUGUGAAGAAACAAUGUUGGGCACAGGCUUCACUUCAGCCGACCACUUGAGAAUUUUCAUGUAUCAAAUUUUGGCUGAUUUACUUCAUCACAUUCGUAGUCAUCUAACUUUUCCAAUGCUCGCUCAUAUUGUAUGCGUGUUCAGUAGAACUAUGAAUGACAACUCCAUUUCUCCUCAGGUUCAAAUUAUGUGUGUUAGAUUGUUGAAUAGUGUAAGCGAAACUAUGGGUAAACUAGAACAGCAAGGAGAUGCGACAAGAGAUGUUUUAUUGUCCAUAUUGGAAAGUGUAGUGAUUAAGUUGAAGUUGAUUGCAACAUACCAUCUACCUCAAAUGUUCAAACUGUCAAAUAUGGAGGGCGAAGGAAAAUCCACUGAAAAGAGAGAAUAUAAGUCAAUCACUAAACCUUCAAAGCUCAGCAAAGACGAUAGCCAUUUUGGUCGAAGAGUGUCUCUUGAUACCGUUAUGGAUAUUGAAGAUUCUUCAGAAGUUAUUCCUGAGAUGCCGCUUUCCACCAAGCACGGAAGACAUACAUCUCCUGGACAGAUUCUAACUAAUUUAUGGACCAUCCACACACCACCUCUAUCUGUAACAGAAGCCAGAAAUUUAGUCAAAUAUAUCAUGCAAACAUGCAAGUUUUGUACCGCACAGCUGGUUGGUUCAAGACGGAGUAACGUUUCUAUGAGUAAAAUGAAAGAACGAGAUGUCUUCGAGCGACUCUUCCUUUAUUCUACCCUGUGCAUGGAAGUUUUCAUUUUGCCUCUCUCACAACCUUCUGGUCGAGCGAACAACAAUCAAAAUGCCAGCUCAAGAUCAAAAGAAGAGAAAGAAGCAUUAGAAGCCAUGGCUGCAGUGUUCACCAGCAUUGAUCCAGACAUCUUCCGAGAGUUAUUCGCUAAGUACAUAGAUUUUCUAAUUGAAGGAAUUCAUAGAAAUCCUUCAAUACAGAUGUUGGUCAACACUUUUCUUGUCAGAGCGGAUUGGUCCUGUAAAUUCGGAAGCAUUUUGUUAAAAAAUCUGAUGGAGAAGCUUAAUGCACUUUCAAUGAGUACCGAUAAAACUGGAUUGUACGUGAAAUUAUUCAAAAUAAUCUUUUCUGCCAUCGGAUGUAGCCAACCACAGUCCUCUCCCGACGGAGAACUCAUGCUGAAGCCAUACCUCUCCGACUUGAUCAGAAAAUCAACCGAGUUUGCUUUGCAUGCGAGAGAACCUCUGAAUUUCUUUUUGUUAUUGCGAGCUCUCUUCCGAUCUAUAGGAGGCGGUGCUCAUGAUAUUCUUUAUGUUCAAUUCCUCCCUUUGUUACCAAAUUUAUUGCAGUUUUUAAACAUGCUCCAGUCAUGCCCUCAUAGACAACCAAUGAGAGAACUUUUUUUGGAGCUUUGUCUUACAGUCCCUGUUAGGCUGUCAAGUUUGUUGCCAUAUCUUCCCCUUCUCAUGGAUCCUCUUGUUUGUGCUUUGAGCGGGAGCUCAUCUCUAGUUCAACAAGGGCUCCGAACAUUAGAACUAUGUGUUGAUAAUCUACAACCAGAAUACCUCUUCGAACAUAUGGCUCCAGUUAGAGGAGCUCUUAUGCAAGGGUUGUGGAGAGUGUUGAGUACUUCUACUGACAUGAACUCGGCUUCCAUAGCAUUCCGAAUUUUAGGAAAGUUCGGAGGAGCUAACAGAAGAAUGUUAAGUGAACCUCAGCAGUUGAAACAUGUACUCCCCACAGAGUAUCAGUCUGUUCUCACCAUACAGUUUGAUCGUGCCGAACCAAACAGCCAGCCUUUGCUAGGAGAGCUUUCGUUAUCGGAAAUUUUGGUAGUCGCUGUAGAGCAGAUGAAAACUUGCAUCGUGCCUACUGAAGCAACAACACCAGGAAUGCCUAUAAUGCCUUCACAAUUGGCACCCACACCUAACCCUCCCCAUUCUCAAAUAAUACGCCAACAUUGCAUGGAAAUUGCUCAUGGAGUUCUACUUACUGGUUUGGGACCUAUAGGAUCUGGCGAUGAUUGGAAGAGUAUGUUUGUUGACAAUCUGAAAGAACAAUUCAAGAUGAUGGAAUCUACGUCAGUUGGUGAUGUACCCGUCUAUAAAUGUAUCAGGAGUCCUGAUCGCAAGCUAUUCGUUGACGCACUCAGUGUUCUAUUCAUUGGAGUUGUAGGCAAAGAUCUGCGAAAUCAGUACUUGAAGUUCUUCAAUGCGGUCGUACGGCAACUAACCAUUCAAGGAAUUCUAGAAUACAUAUCUCGAGAUUUAUUAACAGUAGAUCAACUGACAGCUUUCUGUCUUGACGCAUCUGUAUUGGUGGAUGCUUUAGUUGCGGUGCUUUCUGAUUCUAAUAAGGAUUAUUUACACUCUGCGAUCGUUGCAUUAUGUCAUAUUAACGAGACAUGCAAAACUGUACUACCAAAUCCUGAUACGUUCAUACGCAUUCCAAUGGUUCGUUAUUUAUUGGAACAAGUUUGUACUCUGUGCUAUGGACCUUCUUGGUUCUCCCGUUUGGGAGGAGGCAGCGCGCUUAACUAUAUGAUUGAGAAUUAUCCGUUACCUUUCUUGAAAUCUAACUUGCACAAGAUUGUGAAAAGCUUAGUUGAGGUGAUUAUUGGUUUGUUAGAUGAGAUUUCGUCUGGUGCUGUAGACAUGGCUCUCAAUUCUCUUCUAGGCUUGCAUAAAAGAGUUUUUGUGGUUGAUGAUCUCCCGGUCGUUGAAAAGUGUCCCAUCUUUGUUCGCGUUUAUUCAACCCUACUUUUCCAUCCGUGUGAAGCUGCACGGGCAAAAGGAUGGCAACUCAUGAACAAUAUCGUAUCUCUGGUUGAUUGUAGUAUGAAAGAUGUCAUUGAGCGUUGUGCUGAUGAUUACUCAGCAAUUAUUACUAACACAUUCAAAGAUUUCCAAGCCAUGUCAAUGACGAACAAGAUUUCGGCGCUGGACUCUCUGUACUCUCUUUAUAAGGUGUAUCCUGAGAUAACGAAACUAGGAAUUCACAACGAGAUCGCUCCUGAGUUCCUUGGGUUUGUUCUGGAUAUUUGUGGGACGGACAUACCUACACUGAGUGCGAGAGAUAUCUACAAGGCCGCUGAGAGUUGUCCUGCUCAUUUUUUGCCUCCUUACCCAAUAAGCCAGCAAAUGGAAUCUAUGAGAGCUAAUGCUAUGAGAAUCGCUCUUGCUUGUUAUGGUAUUUCGAGAAAGUCCUCAGCUGUAGAGGUGAACAGUCCGCUGUCGGAGACAGAGAGAAAAAUCCUUCGCUUGGGGCUCGAUUAUUUGUUGGACGGAAGUCCAACUUCAAUUGAAUCAGUCCGUCCCGCUUUGAUAGACGUUGCACCUCUACCUCCCUACUUCAUUAAAGAAGAAUGUGCGCAACUGUUCCAACGUUUGAGUUCUGACACAGAGUUCGAGUCUGUUGAUGUUUUGAAGCUGUAUGAGAUCACUCGUCUAAACCCCGAUGCCUUUACUAAAGAGAUUGCUCAGAGCAUUGUUGAUCACAUUUGCCGUUGGGAAGUACAAGCAGUGUUGCCAGAUGAUAUCCCUAUAAGAACACCAGAAGAUCUGGAAGCAAUCCAUAUAGCUUUCAAACUUUUACUCAUGAGCGAAGUAACUGAACCUCAGAUGGUGCAUUCUCUGCUGUCAUUUGCUGUGUUUUUUGAAGCAAAUUAUUCCAUUGAUGGUCCCAUAGCUUGGAUUCCUGUGUUAUGUGAACUUUUAUCUAAAUGGCCAGAACAGUCUGUUAAGUAUUUGAUGAGAGAAGAGUUCUUCUUCAAUUAUGCAAAUGCUUCGUACAUCAAGAAGAUCAUGAAGCAGGACGAGUCUGAAAAACUCAGGGAAUACUUCUGUAACCAUACUGAGUACUUCGAAAAACUUCUGGAUCAUUUCUUCAUGAAUAAAGAUGGAGAAUGGGUGGAGUCAGAAGACAAGACGGAAUUGUCUCUAAUGAUCCGAGAAGAAACGACAUUGUAUGUCUUGGAUACAGUCUCCCGACAAAACUUAGUUUGGUUCACAGGCGCUCAUGGUUUAGUUAAUAAAAUGAGACAGCUCUGGAAUUCCGCUGAGUUCAAGCUUCGGUAUAGCGUUAGACAAGGAAGUGGAGAUAGUGAAGAUCGGAGGCAGAUCAAGGUCCAAAUGACACCAUGCCAGAAAUAUAAAGUUCCAGCGUUGAUGGUCAAUUGUUUCAUACGUUAUCUCAGGAGAAACCGUGAAUACUACGAUCUGUUGUUCGACAUACUGUUUGUGUUUGAUAAUCCUUAUGCAACUGACUUCGGUUUUCUCAAAGAUUUCAUCGAAAAAGAAAUAAUACCGUGCUGUUCUCUAGCUUGGAGACAGGAAAUUUUCAACUUAGUCCUUCAAAAGUUUGAAACUCAAGCAGAUGCUUGGCAGAAGAAUACUACAAUGGCUAGAAUAGUUCAGUAUCUUCUCAUCCCAUGCUUACACUGGGCCUUUGAAAGAUAUAAUGUAGAUGAGGUUUUGGGUCCGGCACCUCCUGCCAAUGAUUCUCUCGACGAAGACCCUAAUAGUAUAGUUUCUCGACUCGCUAGCAUGCUAGAUCGCAACAGAAGCAAUCUUGGUGACAAAAACGUUAUUGUGUUCUACCAGCUUUGUACGCUAUUGGUGGAAUACGCUCCAGAACACAUUCACAACAAUGCUUGCAAAAAACAAGGUAGUCGUCUUCGAGUUUUCAUGCUUUUCGCCUGGCCCUGCCUGACUACUGGAUCCCUAGCCGAUCCCACCCUGAGAUUCACGGGAUUCCUUUUCCUUGCUCACAUCAUAGAUCGCUUUACAAUCAACAGAAAAAUUGUGCUACAGGUUUUCCACACCUUGGCUGCUACUUACCAGAUCGACAACCGAGAGCAAGUUAAAAGAGCCGUAGACGUACUGACUCCAGCCGUUCCUAUCAGAAUGGAUGAUGGACAUCAACAAAUUCUAGCAACAGUGAAGAAAAUAUUGCGAGAGGAAGCUCAUAAUCUUGUUCAAACUCAACAUAUAAUACAAAUGAUCAUCCGUAACUACCGCGUGUACUACCAUAUAAGACACGAUCUUCUUCCAACACUGCUGCAAUCUGUCCAAAGAAGUAUUCAAGCUUCGAGUGGAUUGAUGGAAGGUUUCGCUGCUCGAAGGCUAGGAUUAGACGUUUGUGAAAUGAUCAUCAAAUGGGAUUUGUUACGUAAUAGAAUGCUUGAGAACACUGGUGGAGAAGCGCAAGAUGAGGUUGAGAGUGUAUUGGAAGCCUUGAAGUCAUCAGAAAAGGAUGAGAAGAAAGAGAACUCAGUACCUGAGCGUCACUUUUUGAGCAUUAAUCAAGAGUAUCUGCAAACUGUCAAAGAAAGAGAGGAUAAUAACCUCAAAGCAAUAUCCAAGGAACACGUAGAUACCGUGGUAAACAUGCUGCUCAAGUUUGCAUGUUCAUUCCAGCCAGCUGCAGCAACAAGUCAUCAAAAUUAUGCAUCCAGUGCAGUUGAAAUGGCGAAGAGAAGUUUAGGCUUACUCCGUGCAGCUUUGAAACCCGUAGUUUGGGGAGAAACAGUGACAAUCCGUGUUCAAUGGAUCGAACGCCAAUUGAACAUUCCGCCGGACUUCACUGUUCCUAGACAGGACCAUCAUCCACCUGCUCAAAACAUGCAUCUUCAACAAGCUCAGCAAACUCUCGAAGUUCUUUAUGGCUUAACUUCUGUUAUGCCCAAACAUCUUCUUCUACAAGUAAUCAGACCAAUCCAAAGAGCAAUUAUAUCCUGUUUGAACAGCAACUAUCCACCACUCGUUCGUACUGUGAACUACUUGGUUGCCCGUUUGUUCGAGAAAACGAAAGUUUCUGUAGCUGGCUUAGACGAACUGGAGAUCUUCAAUCAGUAUAUAGCAAAAUACUUGAAUGACCAGUUCAACAACUUUUUCAAGUCUCCGAACUCUUCGUUGCAAAGCCUGUUCACUGCAUUCACAAUGCUGAGAUCAAUCUGUAGUUAUCAAGAGGGAUAUUUGGACUCGGUAUGCCUGCCAACUUUCUUGAAAGUUUUGGAGAGAAGUGUACGUGAACACUGCUCUAUGCAAGGAGUACAAGACUCAUCACGUGAAAAAGGUCACGCAGAAGUUAUUUCUUUGGCAAUGGAGCUAUUGAGGCCAAGAAUUGAUGCAGUCAGUCUGGAAAACAGAAGAAUAAUUUGUCAAAAUGUUUUACUCCCAUUGAUGGAGAAGAGUAAUUAUGAAAAAGUGAUUGAGGGAAUAAUCAAAAUGACCCAAGCACUUAUAAUGACUCAUAAAGACGAAUUGAAAGGCUCUGCUAACCCUGGCUUACCACUUGCCGUCAGACUAUAUGUCCUACUGGGGAAACGCUAUAGAUAUUCUCCUGCUGUUCUGAACAGCUCGUUGAUGAACCUUUUCCUUCAACUGGCAUUGACUAUCUUUGAUAAUAAGUUGUUCUGUUCCUCCGAUUAUGCUACUAAGAUGGAAGAAGCAUUCUACUGGGGUUUGAUGUCACCGGAUGUUGAGAUACGUAACAAGUUCUUGAACGUUUGGGAACGCAAAGUGAAAGAAAAACCCUUUGUUUUCGAUAGACUUCUGUUUUUGAUGGAAGAGCAAAACUGGAGUAAUUUCCGUGAAUACUACUGGCUUAAGCAUGCCCUAUGGAUUCUCUUGCGAACCAUACCUUUGUACACGCCAGAGAGUAUGCACAAGAAAGCUUGCUUCAUGACUACUUCAAACUUUUGGCAAACUCUUCAACGUGUUGGAGGUUUUAAAGAUAUUAUUCCUUCACUCGGGGCUGUUAACCUGGCUGGCUCCAUACCAUCAUCUAGAACUCCAUCUGCGGCUGAUGGUGAAAGUUUGGAAAAUGAAAUGGAAGUGGAUGACAAGAUCGAUACGUUAUUAGUGGAACAGCGUAGUUUGAUAUCAGAGUCUGCUUGCUUUGAUAUGGCAUCUCAAAUGGACAGCAUCACAGGUCUCAUCUUCAGCGUACCAGAUACAAAGUAUGUUGCGAAGAUUUGGACUCAAAUGUUCUGCUCUUUAUGGCUGUCUAUGACACUUGUAGAAAGAAAACGAUGCUCGGAUAACUUGGAAUCAUUCUUGUCAUCUGGAACUCACAAUCAUCAGACCAAUGCUCCUCACUCCGUUCUGCGAGCGUGGUUAGAAGUUGUUAGCAGAUUGUAUCCUGAAUACAAUCUUCCCCCAAGGCUGAUUCAGUUCAUAGCCGGUCAGCACCAUGGUUGGCAUCGUGGAGCACUGAUGCUUGAGAACGCGGUACUGAAUUCUCAAUGCCGUAUGGUUGGCCCAGAUGGUAUGCCAAUGGAGCAAACAGAAGACCAAAAGGUUUCUAUUCAUCUGACUUCGAAGUUGAAUAGCUUCUUCCAGGAAUCUCUGUAUCAUUUGUCGGAGCUUUAUCGUGAUUUGGAUGAAAUGGAUCAAUUCGCUGGAGUCUGGGGAAUGAAAGCAUGUCGGCGAGAAACACACAUUGUUCUAGAGAAAGUGCAAAUGGGAGAGCAUAAAGCAGCUUCUGAACUAAUUGAAAACAUGCUAGUUACCGUUGGAGAAGAGGUUCAACAGAAUCAUGCAACCCCUACUGUUGCUGAAGAGCUUGAACUAUUAUUCGAUGUUUACACUACGUGUUGUCAAGAGUUAAUGGAAUGGGAGAAAUUAAGAGAUUUUGCUAACAGCACAAGCACUCAGUCAGCAAAACAUCUCAUGAUUGCUGCCAUGCAUAUUCCUGAUCUUGGAAUUGUGAAGGAGUGUAGAGACCAGCUGAGUGGGUGUGUUCCACCUAAAUUUGCUCAUACUUAUUCUAUUUACAACGCGAUGCUUAAUGUUAUGACUCCUGACUCUUCUGAACCUGGAACACCUAGUGCCAAGUCGCGUAUGGAACGUGCGCUAGAGGAAGCUACCACAACGCAUAUCAUAUGGUGGAGAUCGUUGCCUUCUAUCGUAACAAAUGCUCAUGUCAAAAUUCUUCAAGCUAUGAGUAUGAUAAGAGAAGUCACAGAUUGUACUGAAUUGAAAACUGCUCUGGACUCAACUGGUAAUGUUUUCAACGGGAACAUUCUGAAUGAAAUGAAGAACGUUAUCAAGAUUUGGAGAAAUCGUACUCCAGGAUUUUCUGAUGACAUGCUCUUCAUCAGUGAUUUGUAUAACUGGCGUUGUCAAGUUCAUUCAAUGCUUGCUAAACGAUUCGAAGAUUGGGAGAGGGGAGGUGUCUCUUUACCUCAUGGCACAACUUCUCAAGCUAUCCUACCUAUCCACUCGGCUGCUCAAGGACAAGUUUUCAUUGCACGAGCUGCUCGCAAUAUGAGACACUUUGAUUUGGCUAUUGAACAACUAACGAGAUUGCAUACUAUGGUGACAGUUCCUCUCAUGGAUGCUCAUUUCAAAGUUUGUGAACACAUCAAAACUUUAAGAGCCCAAGCAGAAGACCCUGAAACCGAUCCAAACGUUCGACUGGACCUUCUGAAGCUGGGACUGCAUCUCAUUGACGAAGUCAAUAUCACUGACUGUCACAAGGAUCAAAUAUGUCGGUUAUACACUAUGAAGGGCUCUCUACUAAGUCUAUUAGAAAUGAAGGAUGAGUCUAAUUUGGCUUUCUCACAAGCCGGUCAGUUAUACGAAGGUCCCAAUUAUACACCGGGAAAUACGGGAAAUGUCUUCAAAGCUUGGGGAAAUCAUAUGGAUCGACUUUUCCACGCAGAAAGAGAUGAUGUUAAUGGCUUAACUAGUGGAACUGGUGCCAUCGCUUGUUUCUUGGAAGCAGCCAGAACUGAAAGUGAGCCGAAGGCUAGGAAAUACAUCGCCAGAUUGUUGUGGACAUCUAAGCUUAUGGCUGCGUGUAGUCCUGCCGCCUUCACUCGUCUUGAGGAACAGAUCAAAAGACAUGAAAGAACAACUGUUGCCUACAACUGGUUGAGCUGGAUCCCUGAAUUACUUUUGGACAUUCAACAAAGAAAAGAGUCUCCGUUCCUCUUGAUUCUGGCGAGGAUCGCUCAACAGUAUCCAAUUCAAGUAUUUUAUUAUCUUCGAUCGGUUGUACCAGCGGAUGUCAUUUUACAUCAUAUCGAUGCCGUUUGUUCGGGACUCAAUCCUGAAGUGAAAGGCAAGAUUGAUUGCGAUGAAGACGUUGUUGUUCUUCUACCAGUUCUCAGAGACGUAAUUCUUGCCAGACCUACUGAUAUUAGAGCUUUCCAUCGUUUCUUGAGUGAACUCGAUGAGUUACGAGAGUUUUGGGCUGAGAAACAUUUCAGAUAUGCCAAUCAAUUGAAAUCAGAGAUUCUAAGAUGCUUAAAUGAGCAGCGACAUGUGCCUCAAAGUGAAACAGUUCUUGAUCAAAAAGCUUUGGAUUUCAUUGCUAUUUGGAAGGAAUGCGUUAAUGCAGAAAUGCAAGGCUGCAUAUCUGAAGAGUUGCUGGAGUUCGUUCCUAAUGAACAUAGAGCUCAGAGCAAAGAAGCAUGCUUUGUUCGUGAAGCUUCUCAUGAUAUUACCACUCUUCUGGAUGCGCCACCUGCCCCAGGAAGUCUCUUGAGGUUCUUGGAAGCUGUUCUGAAGAUAACCAAUCGGCUUUACAAAAGAGUGAAACGUCUUCCAAAGCGUAUUCCUCUUCAAAUCUUGAGUGAGUUCUUGACGAACUUGAAUCACAAAGUUGCUUGUGUUGAAAUGCCAUCAGAUAUGCUGAACGUCUUGAAGAAUGGACAAUACGUCUCUAUGAUUUCGCGAAUUGAUCCGUACAUCGAACUCGAUUUUCAUGCAGGCGAAGUUGUUCGAAAGAUGUCCAUUCGAGCACAGACCGGAAAAAUCUGUCAUUACUACAUCCGACGUUCUGUUUGUAAAGACCAUAAGAUCAAUCGUUGCCAACAGUACCUCAACAGUCUCAAUGCUCUUCUUGCCAAAGAGAGAGAGACUAGCCGUCGCCAUCUAUCCGUAUAUUGUCCUACCCAGUUGAGAGUAGGAAAGCAUUGCUCAUUGAUCGAAACUGCUGGUGUUGUUGCCAACACAGCCGAGGCUCCUACCACUACAUCUCCCAUACUCCAUCCAAUGGAGAUUUUAUCAGAAACUCUCGUGCCUUUAGGUAUGAGGCCUGAUGAUGUAAUAGCCAUGUUCUAUGACCGAUUGUCAUCGAUGUCCGAAUGUGGCAUACCAACUGUAGAUAUGCGAGCACGCGCAUUCAGCGAUUUAACUGUUGAUGAAUUCAUCUCUUCAGCCAUUUUAGUGCGACACUUCUUAAUUUCCUAUCCAGACCCCACGCACUACUACAUGGCGAAGAAACAAAUUGUACAUAACAUGGCCAUACUGUUUAUUGUUGAAUGGCUAGCUAAGUUGAGUCCAGUUGCCUUGCAAGAUAUUUGGAUUAACAAGUACACCGGCCAGUUCUGCAAUCCUGAUUACACUUUCGAUAUUGAUAUGAAAGAUGAAGACCGUCAUGUUCCGUUCCGACUCAGUCCCAACUUCAACAUUCUCUUUGGACUAUCUGUCGGAGGAGAUCUGACUUGGUCUGCCAAAGCUGUAGUUAAGUGCCUGCAAUUCCGUCGUCCAGAACUAAUGCUACGUCCAAUGCUGCUAGACCAUAUCUCUGAAACUCGUGGAGGAGACAAGAUGGAAGUAUGGAAUUUAACAAACGACUUCGUUAACAAAUUCCUCGGAGAAAUAAAGAAUAUUUCGUCGGUUCACAGUGCGGCCACGAUGCGAGAUGUACCAGGAUUGCUGAUCUGGGCUGGAAGACCGGAAAAUCUUUGUAACGUUAACCCAGCACUUCACCCAUGGUUCUAA